AUGGUACCCACCAAGAAGAACAAGGAGCGUUACUUUAGACAUUUCUUGGAAAUAAUCAAAGGGCUGGAAAUCACCAUGUCAUUCGGGGAAGCCUUACAGCAGAUGCCCCUCUACUCCAAAUUUAUGAAGGACAUCCUCACCAAGAAGGGGAAGUAUAUUGAAAACGAGAAUAUUGUGGUAGGGGGCAACUGCAGUGCAAUAAUACAGAGGAAGCUACCUGAGAAGUUUAAGGACCCCAGAAGUGUUACCAUCCCGUGCACCAUAGGGAAGGAAGCGGUAAACGAGGCCCUCAAUGAUCUAGGAGCAAGUAUCAAUCUGAUGCCCUUGUCAAUGUACAGAAGAAUCGGGAAUUUGAAGAUAUAUCCCACCAAGAUGACGCUUCAACUGGCAGACCGCUCGAUCACAAGACCAUAUGGGGUGGUAGAAGAUGUCCUGGUCAAGGUACGCCACUUCACUUUUCCGGUGGACUUUGUCAUCAUGGAUAUCGAAGAAGACACAGACAUUCCCCUUAUCUUAGGUAGACCUUUCAUGCUGACUACCAACUGUGUGGUGGAUAUGGGGAAUGAGAACUUGGAGUUGAGUAUUGACAAUCAGAAGAUCACCUUUGACCUUUUCAAGGCAAUGAAGUACCCACAGGAAGGUUGGAAGUGCUUCAGAAUAGAGUAG